AUGUCAUCAGUUUUGUCUCAUUUGUCAACAGAAUCGCCAUCAUUGUCUGAGAAUUGCUCAACAACAGCAAUUCAGAUGCAAGAAUCUACAACUGCUGAACCGACUUCAACCAUUGACAUAAAACAGUCAAAACAGCCUAGCCAAGUGCUUAAAAUCGGAGUGAUUCUUGCUUAUAGCCAUAGAUUCCCUUGGGUUAUCAACAAAACCCGACCAGCGAUAGAGAUAGCGGCUGAAUUUGUAAGUUCGCCUGCAGGACCCCUCAGUAGUUUCACUAUAGAGAUUGAGUAUAGGGACUCCAGGUGUUCAGACACCUUCGGGUCGCUGGAAGGCAUUGAUCUCUACGUCAAGAAACUGGCCCAUGUGUUCAUUGGACCUAGUUGUGAUUAUUCCAUCGCACCGCUGGCUCGCUUCUCCUAUUACUGGGGAAUUCCCAUUCUCACUGCUGGUGCUUUGGUGGAAGCUUUUGCUAACAAGGCUGAGUAUAAGCUUCUUACAAGAGUUCAGGGAAGCUACACCAAAUCUGCGGAGUUCUUCGUGUCCAUCGCCCUCGAGUAUGGCUGGUCCCAGGUGGGUAUAGUCUACCAUGAGGUCAAAUACGACGGAAGAGGCUCUCGCUCCAACUGUGCCUUCACGAUAGAGCCCAUAUUCUACAGUGUGGAGCUGAUUCUGAAAUCCAAGCCAUGGCAUGUGUCCUUCAACGAGAAGGAAGCGACCGAGGAGACCAUACUGUCCGUGAUGAAACAGCUGGCAGCAAACUGUAGGAGGUAA